UGACUGAAAUCCUCCUAUUCCUAAGAACCAGCCAAUCCAUUUACAAAUUAAAACUCUUGUAAUAUAGGGAAUUUGUGUUAUUUAGUGAGAUUGGAGAAGGAAGUUCUACCUUAUAAUAAUUUCAUGCUAAUUUGUUUACAAUAAUAUUGAGAUGGCAUUUUGUGUUUUAUUACAAAAAAAUAUAUAAAUGAUGAGAUUGCUAUUUUGGUUAUAAUAAUUUAGGAGGUGGCAUUUUGUAAUUUAUUACAAAAAAAAUAUAAAUGAUCAGACUGCUAUUUUAAUCAGUGCAUGAACAUUACAUUAACAAAUUUACAAUAAUAAUUUGGUUCGGAUUAAGAAAUUUGUUUACAAUAAUAAUUUCAGAGAUGGCGUGUUGCAUUUAAAUUUGUACCAAUAAUCAGCCGAUCGAUCAAGCCAAAUUAAAAUAUGUUGUCUGUUUCUCAUGAGGCUAUGUAUCUAUACAUUUGAUACACUCUAUAAGUAGUCAAGGAUGUAUACAAUAACCAUCAUUCAAACAUAGAGAAGCAAGCUUAAAACAAUGGCUACCAUGUUCCUUCUUGCAGCCAUUUUCAUCUUCACUUUCCAUUCAGCUUCUUCUUCAAAUACCAGCUACCAAACUUACAUUGUCCAUGUCGACUUGCCGCCGACCGAAGAAGACGGAUUUUCAGGACAAUCAAAUCUCGAAACAUGGUACCACUCAUUCCUGCCGCCAUCAUCAGAAGCCGCCACAUCGGAUUCGGAUAAUCAUUACACGCCCUCGUCUCGCAUAGUUCACAUGUACCGCAAUGUGAUCACAGGAUUCGCAGCGAAAUUAUCGCCAGAAGAGGUGAAAGAAAUGGAGAAGAAACCGGGAUUCAUGCACGCUAGGCCGCAUAAGAAGUACCAACUACACACAACCCACAGUCCAAACUUCUUGGGGUUGCACCAGGGUGUCGGAGCAUGGCCGGCAUCAAACUACGGCAAUGGUGUGAUUAUCGGUGUGAUAGACACCGGAAUCACACCGGGCCACCCCUCUUUCAACGACCAAGGAAUGCCACCCCCGCCUCCCAAAUGGAAAGGAAAAUGCGAAUUGAGCGGAACUCUAUCGUGUAAUAAUAAGCUCAUCGGUGCGAGAAAUUUCGCCAGCUAUUUCCCAGGCCCGCCUAUCGACAACUUUGGGCACGGGACCCACACGGCCAGCACGGCUGCCGGAAACUUCGUCUCCGGCGCUAACGUGUUCGGCCAGGCCAACGGGACGGCUUCCGGCAUCGCCCCCCUCGCCCACCUUGCGAUCUACAAAGUUGGUUCGCACGAAAAUGGGACCGAUGUCCUCUUCGACAGUGACUUAUUGGCAGGAAUGGAUGCGGCUAUCGAGGACGGAGUCGACGUGCUUUCACUCUCUCUCGCAGGAGAUAGUGUAUCUCAUACUAGCCCGUUCCACGAAGACGUCGUUGCUAUAGGAGCAUUCAGCGCCGUUAAGAGGGGCAUUUUCGUCACCUGCUCGGCUGGAAACGACGGCCCUAGCCAUUCGUCGUUGUACAACACCGCGCCGUGGAUUCUCACUGUUGGUGCCAGCACUACCGACAGGAAGAUAAAAGCAACCGCACUGCUCGGAAACGGAGAGGCUUACGAAGGCGAAUCAUUUUACCAGCCGGAAGAAGGCGGCAGCUCCUCCGAAGAAUUGUUGCCCCUCGUGUACGGUGCGCUGUGCGGGUCCGAAUUGUUGGGCGAAAUCGGCGUGAAGGGGAAAGUAGUCUUGUGUGAGAUUGGCACGUUCAAUAAUGGACAAGACGUGAAGGAUGCCGGUGGUGCCGCCAUGAUUGGGAUAAACGACGAGACCGACGACUAUUACACCGAACCCAUACCGCACGUACUCCCUGCAACGCUCGUCAAUUACGAGGCCGCCCUAAAGAUCAAAGCAUACAUAGAAGACGCUAAUUCUUCGACGCCUACUUCAGCUAUCUUGUUCGGAGGCACAGUUAUAGGAGACAAAACUGCUCCAAUGGUUACACCGUUCUCCUCUAGAGGCCCCAAUUUGGUAAGCCCUGGAAUUAUUAAACCCGACAUUAUAGGCCCCGGCGCCAACAUUCUCGCGGCUUGGCCUGUAUCCAUCGACAACAACAUCAAAGAAAAGACGGCGACUUACAACAUGGUUUCAGGCACUUCAAUGUCGUGCCCGCACCUGAGUGGGGUCGCGGCACUUGUAAAGAGCGCACAUCCCGAUUGGUCCCCUGCGAUGGUCAAGUCGGCCAUAAUGACGUCCAGCACUCAGACAAACCUCGGCAAUAUUCCGAUUCUUGACCAACGGCAUCAGCCCGCCGACGUGUUUGCCGUUGGGGCAGGACACGUGAACCCGCCCGCGGCGUUGAAUCCGGGCCUCGUUUACGAUAUUUCCGCCCGCGAUUAUAUUUCCUACUUAUGUUUUCUCUACACAGAGCGACAAGUUGCGGCCAUAGUGAACCGAAAGAUUGACUGCAGUAGUAAAUCCGAGUACUCGGGUGUGCCGGAAGCACAGCUGAAUUAUCCCUCGUUUUCCGUUGUUCUUGGACAAGAUAUUGGCUACGCAUAUUCACGGACAGUGACGAACGUUGGAGAGGCAGAAUCGACUUACUAUGCAAAGAUAGAAUGUUUUCCGGGGGUUAGUAUAUUUGUGGAGCCUACAGUACUUAGCUUCACCGAGGUGAAGCAGCAGCUCACGUACGAGGUUUACUUUAGCAGAACGGAGUUUACUACAAACGGUUCUUAUGUCCAAGGUUCCAUUUCCUGGGUUUCGACGAAGCAUGUUGUUAGAAUCCCGGUUUCUGUUAAAUUGGUUUUAUAACUGUGUUUUUUUAGUUAUUUACGAGCGAAACAGCCCGGGCUAA